ACCGAAUGAAGCCUUGCAGCGGCCUUGCUGCGGGUUUAUCAUGAGCUUGUUUCAACCAUAAUAGAAAUUCAAUCUCUUCACGACGUGAGCAACAUUCAAUCGCGCACGGCGUGAUUGUACUUUACAAGGUGACAAUGGCAGAUCCUCGGAUAGGACUAGUCGCGAUCACAGGCGCAAAUGGAACCAUAGGAUAUGCGUGCGUAGCUUACGCGCUCAAAAUUGGCUAUCGAGUACGAUGCAUCGUGCGCCGCGAAAGUGCCAUUGCGACCAUCAAAUCAGACCCCUCGGUGCAGCUCUACCUGGACCGUCUUGACUACGCAGUCGUGCCAGACAACGCCAUCGAAGGUGCUUAUGAUGAAGCAUUCACUGGCGUGAAGUACGUUGUUCAUAUCGCCGGGGUGUGGCCGUUGCCGACACUACAUCCUGACAUCGAAAUCUACCACCCUUUCAUACAAUCCAUGAAGAACGUCCUAUCCUCCGCAAAGUCCUCCGGAACAGUGAAACGAAUUGUCUUCACACAAGCCGGCGCAGGUUUAGUCGACUCAGAAGUGGGGAAUACCUACGGUCGUGGCAUGGCAAAAGUUCUCGAUGAACACGUCAAAGUCAACGCUGAAUCACUUACCUACCAACCACCUCUCACGAGCUCCCACCAGGCCUACUGCGCCGCAAAAGCCCAGUGCAUGGACUAUCUCGAUCAGCUCCGGGCCAGCAACAUAAUGCCUUUCUCAAUCGUACAGGUUAUUCCCGGUACGGUGAUAGGAACUUCAGAGUUUGUAAAGACGGCGGAGGAAGCGAAGAAGCAUAUGGACCGGCAGACGAGAGCGCUGAUAUUUGAUGACAACACCCCUCAAUAUGCGUUUGGAUUCGUGCACGUUGAGGAUUGUGCAAGAGUGCAUGUCGAGGCGCUCAAUGAGCAGAAAGUAAAAGAUGAGGACGUGCCGCCUCGAUUCGUUGCCGCUGCGACUACAGAGGAGGGCCUGGAUGGAAACCAGGUCUGGAAUAAGGCGGUUAGGAUGGUCGAAAGUGAAUUUGCGGCUGGAAUUGAGAGAGGCGUAUUUGAGGUGGGAAGGGAGCGAACGCCGAUCAAUAUGCCGUAUCGUGUGAACUCAAGGAUGACAGAAAGGAUGCUGUUCGGCGGAGAAGCGAUAAGAGGACUAGAGGAGUCUGUUAGGGAGGUUGCUGGUUGGUAUAGUCAACUUGUUGCAGAGAAGGGCUCAUAGCAGUGGUAUAUAGUCUAAGUGUAUAUCCAAAAGCAACUGCCGAAACGCCG